AGAGAGAGAGAAAGAGAGAGAGAGUGGGAGAGCCGGUCCGGUCUCAACAUGGACUCAGGCAGUGACUGCUGAGCUGCCGCUGAACCGAGGUGGAUGAAGAAGAAGAAGAAGAAGAAGAAGUGAUCGUGUGUCUCCGGGCUGAAGCUCCGACUCCGGAUUAACAUUAUUAUGCCCAGCGCCAGCGUGUCCGUGCGAAGUUUAUGCGAAGUGGAGAAACACCACAGCAGCCGGAUGGAUCGGAGCACGGAGGGCAGUUUACUGAACCUCCCUGUAUCGAUGCGGCGGGGUUCUUCAGAGAACAAUCUGGAUCUGGACCUCAGUGAUUCCAGUCCUGGUCCCGCCAUCGGUUUCGAGAUCCAGCGCAGUCGUUCCUGCUUGGACAACCUCCAGCAAAAGAUACUGAAAGUCACAGAGCAGCUGAAGAUUGAGCACACGGCGAGAGACGAGAAUGUAGCCGAGUAUUUGAAGCUGGUGAACAGUGCGGAGAAGCAGCAGCUGGGGCGCAUCAAGCAGGUGUUUGAGAAGAAGAACCAGAAAUCGGCUCAAAACAUCGCUCAGAUGCAAAAGAAGCUGGAGCAGUAUCAUCGCAAGAUGAAGGACAGUGAAAUCCAUCACAGCCCCACCCCUCAUCCGUCCGCUUUCAAGCACAGCACCAUCCCAAGGGAUUCGCCCAGAGAGCUGCUGAGGGAUAUGACGGGCAGUGGCCGACACCCGACCAUGGACAAGAUCAAGACCAUCGGACCAGGCGUUUCUCUCUCGCCUCCUUUCUUCUUCAGCAAACCUAGAGAGUUCGCCAACCUCAUCAGGAACAAGUUUGGCAGCGCUGACAACAUCGCCCACCUCAAGACCAGUCUCGAUGCUUCCUCUCCGUUACCCACUGACAGUGCAGGAAAGGGGCUGAGCAGCAGCACCUCCAUGGUCAGCAAGCCCAAGUACCCCAGUGAUGACGAGUGCUCCUCGGAGUGCGCUUCUAUUUCAGCAGACAGUAACGGACACCCGGCGGCAGGAGGGGUGUCAGCGGGGCAGGCGCACGGUCAGGAGCAGCCUGCAGGCGGCGACAGUCACGGCAGACUGGCCCUGAGCCUGGAGGAGGUGAGGGAGGUUAAAGAAGCUCAAGGCCAGUUCGAGGAUGACAUGGAGGAGCUGAAGGCUCAGUUCAAGAGAGAGUAUGGCAUCCUCAGCCAAACACUGCAGGAAGAGAGAUACAGAUAUGAACAUUUGGAAGACCAACUGAACGACCUGACGGAGCUUCACCAAAAUGAAAUGACGAAUUUGAAGCAGGAACUGGCCAGCAUUGAGGAGCGGGUGGCCUACCAGGCACACGAGAGGGCCAGGGACAUACAGGAAGCCCUCGAGUCGUGUCAGACGCGAGUGUCCAAGCUGGAGCUCCAGCAGCAGCAGCAGCAGCAGACGGUCCAGCUCGAGAGCCACGACGCCCGGGUCCUGCUGGGGAAGAGCAUCAACAUCAUGCUGGCCAUCAUCACCGUCAUCCUGGUGUGCGUCUCCACCGUUGCCAAGUUUGCCGCCCCACUGAUGAGGAGCCGAUACCAUGUGGUCGCCACCUUCCUGGGGAUUUGCUUCUUGACCAUGUUCUGGAAGAAUUUGGACCGUUUACAGUACGCCAUGGACAGGUUGCUGGUGCUCGGCUGACCAUACCGAAAAUCAACAAUAACGCCACACUGUCAGUUGUUAGGAUAGUCUAAGAGGAUUGGUUGUACAAUCGUCAGAUGACACGAUCGCCAUUCAUCUACAGAAGUCACUGUUUUUUUUUUUAAGUGACAUUUUUUUUGAUUUUCUUGUCUUCACUUGAAUGUUUGUAGCUAAUAUUUCCAUUUUUCCAUCGUGACAUUAAUAUUUAUAACAGUAUAUAUUGUUAGAUCCUCACUGAUUGAUGAAAAACUAAUAAUCACAGGAGACAAAAGGCAAGGGUGAAGAGAAAUGCUUUUUACCACAAUGAUCAGGCCAAAUUGAAGAAAAUGCUUAUUCUCUUCAUUUUGCCUCAGCUUAACUCAAUAUCACUGAAACUCUUGCAAUCAUGCACAUGGUGAAGAAGAAGGCUACGUCGACAUGUGCUUAUUUGCCCUCUUUCUGAUAGUAAAAUGAAAUGAUCUAUACCACGCUCACAUCUGUAUGGCUACAAUCAGCUGCUGUUUAGCUUAGCUUAGCAUAAACCCGUAACAUAUUGGUACAUGCGAUCGGGACGCUGGAAGUACUUGUUACUUUUAGACAGAGCCAGGCUCUGUGGGCCUGUUUCUCGUCUUUUUGCUAAGUUUAGCUAACAGGCUUCUGGUAUUACCUCCAUACUUAACUAGAUUUUCUAAUCAGACUUUCACCCAAAGAGGUGAACGAGUGUAUAUAUUUAAACUUUGAAUUAUUGAUUUGAAUGAGGAACCUACUGAGGCCUAUGUCACAAAUAGGUGCAUGUAAAGCGAAAGCAAGUCAAAGUCCACAUGAAGCCACAUUGCGGAGGGAAUCUUUCAUCCCCCCUUCGCUCAAACAAAUUUGGAAGUGAUCUGGAGAUGAAGGUUCGCGCUGAUGCAUUCCCGCAUGGCACAGAGGAAAUUCGCGGUUUUCUACGUGUUUAUUUUCUUCAUCCCUCGCAUGGAUGAGGAAUGUUUUUCCUAUCAAGGGCUAUUCAAUGCGGUCGAUGCUGCAAGACGACUGUGUCAGAUGGUAGUGGUGAUGAUGCUCCUCCGUCCAGGGUCUUAAGCAGAAAGAAAGUCUUAGCGAGUGUGACUUUAGAAAAGAACAGUUGGGCGGUGGGAGUGUGUUGUACGUUACCUGAAGCUCCUUGUUGCUUCAACGAUUUCAUGUUGUAGACAGUUGUCAGGCGCUACCAGAUGGUUCCACAUUAAACGGAGUGGCAAAUAUGCUCGGCUCAGUUUUCACAUGCAAAGACAUCAGCAUGUUCAGUGGAGGUCAUAUCAGGCUUUUGAUCUUGUAGGGUAGGAAAAUGCACAGUUUUACUUUUACAAUUUUAGAGGCAAGAAGGCUAUGCGUGCGUUUCCAUCUCCCGGACUGACCUGACAGGCAGCUGUAGGGUUCCCCACUGAAGGAAACGUUAGCUUUUAUUGCAGAAAAAUCAAAUUCAAAUAAAUCAGUUGCUGUCAUGAGAAAUUCUUUAUAUUUAUGAAUUGUCCCACGGGCCAGAUCAACUUGUCUGGCAGCCUGGAGGCCGACGACUCCCCGCCCCUGUCUUAUGAUUGCCUUGUUUGACUUUUGCGGUCAGUCGUCUCUUAAAGUUUCUCUGUGUACUGGUCAUCGUGUUCAAAGUGCAAUAUAUUUGAUUUAAAGAAUGAUUAUUUUUAGGAGUGUGUGUGUGUUUAUAUAAAUAUUUUCACAAUGACAGGCUGUUGGUGUUGUCUGGAGUGGGGAGAGGGGGCUGUCAUUAAUGUUUGCAUGAGAGAUCAUAACCACUGAAGAAGCCACUGCUGGUGUGUGAUAAGACCAGCUGUCUCCUCUCUCUGGGGUCAAACAUGACUCUCACUGCGCUGGUAGCAUGGUGAUAUCAACACACGGCAGAAUCACCAGUGCAGUGACGCAUGCAUGUGCACCCAAGCAACACUCGGCUCUCUGUAUUUACAUGUCUUAUGGGUGUUUUACCCACUCUCCAUGUCUUUUACUAAUAAUGUGAUCAAGAGGCAAUGGGUUAUACUGUGAUAAAAGACAUUUUUCUCCGAGGAAAAAUGCAAUUCUCUUUUUUUAACGACGCAACAAACAGCCUUCAGUGCUCUGUGGUGACGAGCACAUUACAGUUUCAAAGUGCUGAAUUAUGAGCCUAUUUAAUGGACUGACUAAUGCUAUUUGUUUGUCUUAUGAACAUUGCCUGUAAGGAUCUCACAUGAAGCCACAGACCACUUUUUUUUAAUGUUUGUCUGCCACUUUAACAUUGUUUGUGUCGAUAUUUGUUCUUGUCAGCGACUGCAUCAUAUUGUGUUGUUUCUGUUUUAACGCAGUUGAGGAAGUCUGACCUGCAGAACCACAGAUCAGGUUUACAUUCUCUUCUCAUCUCUGGUGCACUGUGACCAAUCAGUCGUAUCUUCAUGCAUCAUGUGCCUUCGUCUGACAAUUUCUGUUAAAUUAAACAACCCUUUUUAAACAA